AAAUUAAUUGAUGUACUAGUGAUACGUAUUGCUUAGAAUCAAAUAAUAUUAUAAUGUGUGUGUAUGUUUGUGUGCUUUUUGGAAAUGAAUAGAUUAGACCCAUCGAAGGAUACAGACGAUCACGGUAAAGGGAAUUGUACGAAACAAAAUAAAGUGUUAGAAUUAGACUUGGAUUACUUAGAGCGCGGUGGAGGCGGCACUUUGGCUGUGAGCGGCGCGCCAAGCGUCGAGCCGAGUCCUGACAGCUUAGACCUCGUGAAAGUCGUGCUACUUGGCGCACCGGCUGUGGGCAAAACUAGUAUUAUACAGCAAUUCGUCUGGAGCGAUUUCUCCGAAGAAUAUAUUCCAACGGACAGAAAACACACAUUCUAUCCUUCGGUGAUUAUCAACGAGCAUCUGUACGAGGUUAAAAUAACUGAUGUGCCAGUCAUCCCUUACUUUCCGAUAAACUCCUACUACGAAUGGGCGCAUUACCGUUUUUAUGGGCUCCGGAACGCGACCGCUUACAUUCUAGUGUUCGACCUAUCUAAUGUGGAGACGUUCCAAUAUAUUAGGACGUUGAGAGACCAAAUGGUCGAGAGUCGAGACAUGAGAAAUGUGCCCGUUCUAGUCGUUGGUAACAAGCAGGAUUUGCUAUGCAGCACUACGCCGUCUGCUGCCAGCGGUUUACAACAGCUGGCGAUGGCGGAAAGUGCGUGUGGGGAUUCUCGUGAAAAACGGAGGAAUAUUGUGAAUCUUGUGCGCAAGCAUUGGAAGUGUGGUUAUGUGGAGUGUUCCGCGAAGUACAAUUGGAGAGUCAUAGCCGUGUUCAAAGAGCUCAUGGAGAUGAUAGAUGCGUUGGAGUGUAGUGGGGGAGUGCGUAGUGCUGAGCCCCCUCCCGACUCCUCAGCCGGGGGAGGGACGGCGAAUGAAAACCGCUGUGUGGUUGCUUAGCACCUUUCGAUGUUGAAACGGUACGUACACAGGACACUUUCGUUCUCAUCAAAUAAUCAGGAUAACUGAGUAGUAUAGUGUACAAAUUAGCAAUGUUACAAAUCAUAUCAUUUCUUCACGUCAAUAGCUCAAUACAAUGAAUGGUAUUCAAUGUAUGUAAACAAAUAUAUUGUAAGUAACUGCAUUUUGAAAGUUUAAGUAUAAGUUUUGAUCUUAUUGUCAAUCGAUAACACGAAAGCAAUAGUUGGAUACUGACUACUAGCCUUGUUAAUUUUAUGAGCACAAUUAAAAAUCGCAUUUCAUAGAAAUAAUUAUAAA